UAGUCACCUGACGCAGUUUUCCCAGCCCAGCUCCCGGCCAGGUCGUUACACUUUUCUCUGCGCGCUUCUAAACCAAGAAGCAAGCCUUGUUGGGAGUUCGCCGAUUUGUUAUAACCACCAACCUUUCCGUUCAGAGCGCGGGGUCGCUCGCUGGCCAUUGCCGGAGAGAAUAAGCUACGGCUAAUCAGAGUGAUCGUUUGGCUUAGACGCACUUCACUUUACUGCGUGUCUCCAAGACUCAGAAUCGAUCAUGGCGGAGAAACAGCUGAUUGUCGUAGUCGAAAGCACCGCUGCUAUGGGACCGUAUUGGCAAACCAUUCUUGCGGAUUACCUUGAUAAGAUAAUAAGGUCUUUUGGUGGAAAUGACUCAGCUGGCCAGAAGCCUUCGACUUCCAAUGUUGAGUUUGCAUUAGUCACCUUUAGUACUCGUGGAUGUUAUUCUGCUUGCCUUUCGCAACGGAGUGGCUGGACAAGGGACCUUGAUACAUUCUUCCAAUGGCUUUCAGGUCUACCCUUUGUUGGUGGUGGUUUUGAUGAUGUCGCAAUGGCAGAAGGGCUCUCUGAAGCUCUCAUGAUGUUCCCCACUUCUAAAAAUGGAAGCCAGAAUCAACAGAAUGUGGACUUGCAAAAGCACUGCAUUCUUGUUGCAGCAAGCAAUCCAUAUUCUUUGCCGACACCAGUUUAUGUACCACGACCACAGAAUUUAGAUCAAGGUGAAACCAUAGAAUCAGAUGCAGGGAAUCAUGUACAUGAUGCCGAAGCUGUUGCUAAAGCAUUUCCUCAGUGUUCUGUUUCUCUAUCUGUUAUCUGUCCAAAGCAGCUCCCCAAAGUUAAAGCCAUUUACAAUGCGGGAAAGCGAAACAGCCGCACAGCUGAUCCACCUGUUGAUACAAAGAACUCCCAUUUUCUUAUUUUAAUAUCUGAAGGUUUCAGGGAAGCCCGUUCUGCUUUGAGCCCUUCUGGGAUCACAACUGUACCUUCAAAUCAGAGUCCUGUCAAAGUGGAUGCAGGCCCUGUUGCACCAGUUACUGGGACAGUACCUACUUCUAUGCCACAAGUUAAUGGAUCUAUCACAAACCGGCAACCAAUUUCUGUGGGCAAUAUUGGCACUGCUACUAUAAAAGUGGAGCCCGUUCCUGUUACUUCCAUGGUUACAGGACCUACUUUUCCUCAUAUGCCAUCAGUUCCACGUGCUCCUAGUCAAGGUGUCCCAAGCUUGCAGACUUCGUCUCCGUCUUCUGCUUCUCAAGAUAUUAUGGCAAGUAAUGAAAAUACACAGGAUGUAAAGCCCAUGAUGUCAGUGUCACAGCCCUUGCGCCCAGUGGGUCCUGCUCAAGCAAAUGUCAACAUUCUUAACAAUCUUUCUCAAGCACGACAGGUGCUAAGUGGAGGAACCUCAAUGGGACUUCAGUCAAUGGGUCAAACUCCUGUGGCUAUGCACAUGUCGAACAUGAUAUCCAGCGGAAUGGCAUCUUCUGUACCUGCUGUUCAAAAUGUAUUUUCAUCAGGACAGUCAGGCAUAAAUUCAAUAACUAGUUCUGGAUCUCUCACUGGUUCCAUGCAGGUUGGAGCAAACUCAGGUCUUGGUUCAUUAACUUCAGCCACGUCAAAUUUGUCUGGAAGUUCAAAUAUUGGGAUUUCACAACCACUGGGAAAUCUGCAAGGUACUGUUAGUAUGGGUCAGCCAGGGUUAGCCAUGAGCCAAGGAAACAUUGGCGGCGCCCAAAUGGUGCAAAGUGGAGUUAACAUGAACCAAAAUGUGAUGAGUAGCCUUGGUCCAUCAGUUGUCUCUUCUGGGACUGGUACAAUGAUUCCUACUCCCGGAAUGUCUCAGCAAGUACAACAGGGAAUGCAACCACUUGGUGUGAAUAAUGCAGCAGCUAAUAUGCCUUUACAACAACAGACCUCAGGUGCUAUGCAAUCUACACAAUCAAAAUAUGUGAAGGUUUGGGAGGGAAGUUUAUCUGGGCAAAGACAAGGACAGCCUGUAUUUAUCACCAGACUAGAGGGGUAUCGGAGUUAUUCAGCUUCUGAGUCGCUUGCAUCGAACUGGCCACCAACAAUGCAAAUAGUUCGUCUUAUAUCUCAAGAUCACAUGAAUAACAAGCAAUACGUUGGAAAGGCAGAUUUCCUAGUUUUUCGGGCUAUGAACCCACAUGGAUUUCUUGCUCAGCUUCAGGAAAAGAAGCUGUGUGCAGUAAUCCAAUUACCAUCACAGACGUUGCUACUAUCUGUCUCUGAUAAAGCCUGCCGCUUGAUUGGGAUGCUUUUUCCUGGGGACAUGGUGGUAUUUAAGCCACAAUUAUCCAGUCAGCAGCAGCAACAAAUGCAACAGCAACAGCAGCAGCAGCAGCAACACCAGCAGAUGCAGCAGCAGCAGCAUCUUACACAGAUGCAACAACAGCAGCCACAGCAGGUUGCCCACAUGCAGCAACAGCAACUUCCUCAGCUGCAACAACCACAGCAGCAGCAACUUCCUCCGGUGCAGCAGCAACAACUCUCCCAGCUGCAGCAGCAGCAACUCCCGCAGCUUCAGCAGCAGCAGCAGCACUCCCGCAGCUGCAGCAGCAGCAGCAGCUUCCUCAGCUUCAGCAAUUGCAACAUCAGCAGCAGAUUCCUCAGCAACAGCAAUUGGUUGGUGCAGGAAUGAGUCAAGCGGCGUACGUUCAAGGUUCAGGACGGUCACAACUGGUGUCUCAGGGACAGGUAUCAUCGCAAGGUGCACCCAACAUGGGUGGAGGUGGAUUCAUGAGUUAGCUUAGUUUUGCAUUUAGUUCCCCAAUAAUCUAUUAGAGUAACGAUCUACGAGUCUUUAGCUUAAUGUUAUUUGAAGCAUUGGGCCCUUGGCAUUGAUAGUGUUAGGUUCAAUUUCAGAUUGCAAUGGUAUAGUCUUGGGAUGAUGUCUUUUGCCGAUGAACCAUGAAGAUUUAUGCAGGAAACACUACCGUUAGAAUGUUAAUAACUAAAUGGAAGUUUGCUAGCUAGAUGCUGUGGCAUGUCACCCUUCCCCAUGUUUAUAUGCGCGUAUUUGGGUGAUAAAUAUGUUUUUGAAACUAAAUCGGUAAAGAAAUUAUUCAA